CUUGUUCCUUCGAUGGGUGACUGACUGUAAAUACACUGAUGUUGUAAUAUGCAGUCUUAUUGUGUGUGUUUUGUAUCAGGACUGAUGUUUGCAUGCUCACACACCCCUCCUGCUCUCUUCCACUCAAACCUGUCGAGCAACACAAAUCAAAUUCUUCUUCUCACACUCACACAACAGCACUACAGGUCUAAAGUAUGGAGCUGAGACGUCUCGGGUUAAACCAGAAACAAACAGAUCCUAGGUUGUUACUGAAGUGAAUUAUUCCCAGGAGUCGAGGGAUUAUUAUUCAGUUCUCUGAUGAUCUCAUGAUGACUGUACACGAACCCUGAUUUCCUGUUUGCACUGAACACCAGCCACAUAACAGGUUUGGGAUCAGCAGACGUGAGCCACUAUGUCAAUUUCACAGCAGGUUCUGGUGAAUUAUGAAUACAAAUACACUGCUCGAGAUGGCCGAGAGGUGUCCAUCAAACCCAACGAGCACUACAUCCUAGUAGCCAAGACCAAUGAAACCUGGUGGCACGUCCGGAGGGAUGAGACUGAGAAGCCUUUUUUCAUCCCAGCGACGUAUGUGACCGAACUCCCACCUGAGACCAACCAAACUUCACUGGAGGUUAGUGGAAGUGAAUCCCUCAAGUCUAACUCUGAGAUGGCUCCUGAUAGUCUUCCCACCGUCACUGAGCCCACCGAGGUCACGCUUCGAGUCCCAGCCUCUAUAAAACGAGACACGGAGAAAGACGGUCAUAGAAUAUCAACAUAUAUUAUUCCAAAGGAAUUCUUUGAACUGAAGGGUUUGGAUCCAGAUCCCUUAAAGACUGAAGCAGAGGCCGGUCCUGUGCCUGAACACACAAACUCCAAGCCAGCUUCCCCAACUAAUGGAGAAACACCAACCUCGAUCUUACUGAAGCUUCUUCAUACAGCCAACACACCUCAGUCCCCAGACCUGGAGAUCAAAUCAAGCGUAAAUGCAACAGAAGAGCCUCGGGUGGACACAAAGGCCCUGGAUCAAGACAUUCAGAUGCUCAAUAGAGCUGGCUGGGGUGACGUCUGGAACCCCAUGGAUAAAGACAAGAAUGAGAGUUUGGAUACAAUGAGAGAACCGGAAUCCUUAAAAGCUGAAGAUAAUGUGACUGUAAACCCCGUCACACCAGAUAAGACUAUGGUGGAGGAUGACAGCGCUCUCACAGCGAUUUAUGUAAACCUCCCGCGGCCGCGUCGGAGUACCACCUCCAGUACCGUUACUUCUCCAUUACUAGAGAUCCCAGAGCCUCCCGAUACCCUUCUUUUAGACUCCGCGGGAUGGGAGAUCCAUACUGACGACCAGAGCGGGCAAAAGUACUACUAUCACCCCUCUACGGGCCGCAGCACCUGGGAGUAUCCGCUCAGAUCCUCCAUGGAGUCAUCAUUGGGGACGGAGGAGGCCUGUUCUCCUGCCUCGUUCCCCCAGUCUCCCAUCAGCUCACCCGUAGACCCUUCUCCUCAGAGGUGGAGCUCGGACUGGGAGAAGUUGCUGGAUGAGAACACUGGCAGGCAUUACUUCUUUAACAUUGUGUCGGGUCAGAGCUCGUGGGAUCCCCCUGAGGAUAUCACCUCACCAGAGAGUUUUCUGGAAGAUUGCCUGCCUCCGCUUCCUGAGGAAGACUACCCUGCAUCCCCAGAUCUGGAGGAAGCAUGUCCUCUCUCGAUGCCGUCAGAUUACACUUUUACUCAAGUGAAGAAGGUGUCGAUCCCCAGGGCCAGUCUGGAUCACCGCGUCCCACCAGGCUGGACCCUCAGCAUCGACCCUGAAGGAGCUUGGGUCUUCACGAGCGACUACACGCAGGAACAGUGGAUCAAGUCGCUAGACGAUCGAGGAAGGACGUACUACUACUUAAGAGAUGGCAGCAAGUCCCAGUGGAACUUGCCUGAGGUGAGAUACAGUGGGGAAGUUUGGGAUUUUCCACCUGAAGGCCUGUUCACACCAAGAACGUUCUCUGGAAGUCCAGGACAGUAUGGAGUGGGAAAUGGGGCCUUACUAGAGCAGGACACAAUGGGAUCCAUGCAAAACUGGAGGCGCAGUACGGGAUACCAGGAGGAUAGUCACUCAUCAUAUCCUCAGUAUACACCAGAGAGCGAUGCCGCCAGCUCUCCCGAGAUGCCACAUAAUGUUUCAAACUUGGAAAAGGCUGGAAUCCUGAAUAAAACAAAGGUGUCUGAAAACGGGAAGAAAAUUAGGAAGAACUGGAGUAAUUCCUGGACGGUUCUCCAUGGAGGGAUACUGACUUUCCAUAAGGAUCCAAAGUUCCCAGCCGGAGCAUCGAACAAGUCAAAUCAGAUAGUUCCAGAAUUUAUAGUCGAGCUGAAAGGGGCAGCCAUUAACUGGGCAAGCAAGGACAAAUCAAGCAAGAAAAAUGUUUUGGAGCUUAAGAGUCGCACUGGUGUGGAGUACUUGAUCCAGUACGACACUGAGAGCAUCAUCACAGACUGGUAUAAGAUCAUCUCAGAUACCAUACGCCAGCUGGAUCUGCGUCAGGAUCUGGAUCAGCACCACUCUGAAGAUGAGGAGGAGAUCAGCUUAGACCUCGACAAAAGAACGACGAGCAAUGCAUCCCGUCAUCCUUCAUCCACUUCGACACCGGAAGCAGAUCAGAAGAAGGUCCGCACCAAACUGAAGAAGUUCCUCCUCAAGCGGCCCACCCUGCAGUCGGUCAAAGACAGGGGAUACAUCAGAGAAAAUGUCUUCGGAUGUCACUUGCACAAUCUCUGCAACCAAGAAAAGAGCAGAGUGCCCAGCUUUGUGGAGAAAUGCAUCCGGGCGGUAGAGAAAAGAGGUCUGGAGAUCGAUGGACUCUACAGAGUCAGUGGGAAUCUGGCAGUCAUCCAGAAACUGCGUUUCAAAGCAGAUCAUGAGGAUCUGGACCUGGAGGAGGGGAACUGGGACAUCCAUGUGAUCACGGGAGCGCUGAAGCUCUUCUUCAGAGAGCUGCAGGAGCCUCUUUUCCCUUACAGUCUCUUCAAUGAUUUCAUCAGUGGCAUCAAAAUCCCUGAUUAUUACAGUAAAAUAGCACACAUGAGAAAUCUGGUUCGGUCUUUGCCACCACCCAACCGUGACACAAUGGAGGCCCUCUUCAGCCAUUUACGCAAGGUUAUUCAACAUGGCGAUGAGAACAGAAUGAGCGUGCAGAAUGUAGCUAUCAUUUUCGGCCCAACGUUACUCAAACCGGAGGUGGAGACAGCAAACUUCGCCGCUUACAUGGUCUUCCAGAACCAGAUUGUAGAGUUCCUACUCAAUGAAUUUGAGUCGAUCUUCCACAUGUGAUUGACCUGAACUUGCACUGAUUACAAAACCCUCUCAAAGGAGCUCAGUCCAGUGACAGGGACAGUAUAUAACAGAUCUUUGAAGGAAAGCCUCCACAUUUUGCAGUAGGUUGUAAAUAGAGAACAGUAGCAUCUAUGAUUAAUAUAUUAAUAUCAGUGAAACGGAAUGAAGGUUUUACGUGAGCAGGCCAUUAAGGGUAAUACACAUUUUAAAACUGUAUAGCUAAAAGGAAGUUUUCUAAGAAUAUCGGAGCUUUCUUUUUAAAUAGUUAUCAGCUAUUCCUGGUUUUUCUUGCUACAAACUGAACAGGUCAAUUAAAUAAUAAUGUAGUUUAACUUUGCUUUCCUGUGGUCUUUUGCUUUUCUGUAGAAUCGUGCAAAACACUGCAAGUUUUUACCCUAUUCCUUUGGAUUUGCAAUGUGAUAGAUGAAUAAUAUUAAAUUACAACAUUCUUUAUGUUUAGGUGUCAAUUUUGUUUUUUAUUUUUAUUUUAAUACUUGCAUCUGUAACAUAGAACUUUACAAAGAAAGAACUGCAGGCCUGUAACUGUAAAUUGGAAAUCCUAAGUUGUAAAACUUUGUACAUUGUCAUUAAAGCCACAAUAUUUUAGAUUUUGUGGUAUCAAAAAUAUAGAAUCUGAAUUUGCACAUAGAUUAAGCAUUAAUGUUAUAACUGGCACACUCAUAUAGUAAUCACUUUAAGAUGUCUGAAGGUGUGUGUAUAUAGAAAAGGCAUAUUUAUGCUGUACAUUACCUGAUGAAAGCAAGCUUUUAAUAAAGUAACUCUUUUAUAAA